AUGGCUACUAGAGCAAAAAGACCCAAGAAGCUCCUGUCCAGACAUCAGAGAAUCCACACUGGAGAGAAACCUUAUGAAUGUAAAUACUGCGGAAAGGCUUUCACACGGAGGGGCCAUCUUGCUUUACAUCAGAGAAUCCACAGUGGAGAGAAACUUUAUGAAUGUAAACAGUGUGCAAAGGCUUUUGCAGACUGGGGCUCUCUUGCUCUACAUCAGAGAAUCCAUAAAGGAGAGAAACGUUUUGAAUGUAAACAGUGUGGAAAGGCUUUCACAUGGAGGGGCCAUCUUGCUCUACAUCAGAGAAUCCAUAAAGGAGAGAAACGUUAUGAAUGUAAAGAGUGUGGAAAGGCUUUCACACGGAGGGGUCAUCUUGUUCUACAUCAGAGAAUCCAUACUGGAGAGAAACCUUUUGAAUGUAAAGAGUGUGGAAAGGCUUAUGCAGAGAGGGGCUCUCUUGCUACACAUCAGAGAAUCCACACUGGAGAGAAACCUUAUGAAUGUAAACAGUGUGGAAAGGCUUUCACAGAUAGAGGCAAUCUUGCCAGACAUCAGAGAAUCCACACUGGAGAGAAACCUUAUGAAUGUAAAGAGUGUGGAAAGGCUUUCACACGGAAGGGCCAUCUUGCUCUGCAUCAGAGAAUCCACAGUGGAGAAAAACCUUAUGAAUGUAAACAUUGUGGAAAGGCUUUUGCAGACUGGGACUCUCUUGCUCUACAUCAGAGAAUCCAUAUUGGAGAGAAACGUUAUGAAUGUAAACACUGUGGAAAGGCUUUCACAUGGAGGGGCCAGCUUACAGCACACCAGAGAAUCCAUACUGGAGAGAAACCUUAUGAAUGUAAAGAGUGUGGAAAGGCUUUCACACGGAGGGGCCAUCUUGCUCUACAUCAGAGAAUCCACACUGGAGAGAAACCUUAUGAAUGUAAAGAGUGUGGAAAGGCUUUCACACGGAAGGGCCAUCUUGCUCUGCAUCAGAGAAUCCACAGUGGAGAAAAACCUUAUGAAUGUAAACAUUGUGGAAAGGCUUUUGCAGACUGGGACUCUCUUGCUCUACAUCAGAGAAUCCAUAUUGGAGAGAAACGUUAUGAAUGUAAACACUGUGGAAAGGCUUUCACAUGGAGGGGCCAGCUUACAGCACACCAGAGAAUCCAUACUGGAGAGAAACCUUAUGAAUGUAAAGAGUGUGGAAAGGCUUUCACACGGAGGGGCCAUCUUGCUCUACAUCAGAGAAUCCACACUGGAGAGAAACCUUUUGAAUGCAAACAGUGUGGAAAGGCUUAUGCAGAGAGGGGCUCUCUUGCUGCACAUCAGAGAAUCCACACUGGAGAGAAACCUUAUGAAUGUAAAGAGUGUGGAAAGGCUUUCACACAGAGGGGCUCUGUUAUUAGACAUCAGAGAAUCCACACUGGAGAGAAACCUUAUGUAUGUAAACAAUGUGGAAAGGCUUUCACACGGAGGGGCUCUGUUGCUAGACAUCAGAGAAUCCACACUGGAGAGAAACCUUAUGAAUGUAAAGAGUGUGGAAAGGCUUUCACACGGAGGGGCCAUCUUGCUCUACAUCAGAGAAUCCACAGUGGAGAAAAACCUUAUAAAUGUAAACAUUGUGGAAAGGCUUUUGCAGACUGGGGUUCUCUUGCUCUACAUCAGAGAAUCCAUAUUGGAGAGAAACAUUAUGAAUGUAAACACUGUGGAAAGGCUUUCACUUGGAGGGGCUCCAUUGGUAGACAUCAGAGAAUCCACAGUGGAGAAAAACCUUAUGAAUGUAAACAGUGUGGAAAGGCUUUCACUCAGAGGGGCUCUCUUGCUGCACAUUAGAGAAUCCACACUGUAGAGAAACCUUAUGAAUGUAAACAGUGUGGAAAGACUCACACAGAGGAACAAUCUUGCUGCACAUCAGAGAAUCCAUACUGGAGAGAAACCUUUUUGUGUGGAGUGAAAAAUUAGUGUCUUAUUCUCAAGGUAAUAAUUAUUAAUGUCUAAGUAAAGCUGGUUCCCUCCCCCACCUCCCAAACCCCAUCAAGCUACCUUCAAGGCAAGAUUAUCUUACCCACAUCCUCCUCCCUGUAGGACAAAAUCUUUAUAGCCUGACAGUGUUUUGGCUGUUUUUAGACCCCAAAGUACCCCAUGAUCAAAUCUUAAGUAACCUUUUUUCUUAGAGUUCUUCCCAUUGUAUCAAAGAUUUCCCCCAGGUAGUCAAGUCCAGUGGCUGAAAUUAUACUGGACUGCCCAUUAUAAAACCUCAGUCCCUCCAUUUUUUCUUUGUAUCUGUCUCCACCUUCCUGAUAAUUUCUUUAAAAUGUAAAUUUGCUUGAAUGUACUCACUGUAAAACUAUUUAACUUAAUAUUCCUGUCUUUUAUUUUUGGAAUUCAACCACUGUAAAAUGUUAUAAUCCCUUCACAGAGGCUUGAUUGUAUCAGCAUUCUCCUAUAAAUAAGGAAUUUUUCUGUGUAUUUUUGGAAUAUUUGUCUUAGGUCAAUGGCUUAAGAUAGUGCUCCACAUUUUAUCUUUCUGUCA